AUGAUUGUCUCCGGCUUGUCGUUGGCGACUCUUGCAAUAUUAGUGGGUUCUGUGGCUGCACUUCGCUCCUUGAAGCUCUUCUUGGACUUUCGGCGGCUACUCGGGAGCAUUCACCACCUGCCAGGAUACCGAACAAUUCUUAGUUCAACAACUGUGAUCGCAAACAUGCUUCCACCGACGCCCUGGUUGACCUUAGGUCAUGAUUGUAUUUGGCUGCUGAAGCAUACCCCUUUCGCAGAGGGGGGCCUCGAUAUAAUUUCCGCUGUGGCAUGUUGGCCUAAAGCGACGGGAUCGCUUUGGAUAGCAGAUGUCAAUAUAAUCAAGGAUAUUGUCUGGUCUCGUGGAGCGCGCUUCCCGAAACCUCUAGACCAGUAUACCCCCUUGACAUUCUUCGGAAGAAAUAUUGUUGCUUCCGAAGGCGACGAAUGGAAGCGUUACCGCAAGAUUGUCGCACCUGCGUUUUCAGAAAGGAAUAACAGAUUGGUCUUAGAGACAACAAUGCAGAUCAUGGUCGAUCUUUUUGAUACAGUAUGGGCCGGACGAGAUGAGGUGGUUGUAAAUCACGCCGUAGAUUUGACUUUGCCAAUCGCCUUGUUCGUGAUCGGCGCUGCAGGCUUUGGCCGCCCUAUAUCCUGGAAAGAGGACGCUGUGAUCCCACUCGGACACCAGCUGACUUUCAAAGAUGCCCUCCACACAGUGACACAAGACCUUUACCUUAAAUUAUUAGUACCGACAUGGGCCAUGGGACUCACUAAACGUUUUAGGCAUGCAAGACUUGCAUUCGAUGAACUGCAUCAAUACCUUACUGAGAUGAUUCAAGAACGUCAAGGGUCCCAGCACCAAGAAGAUAAUAGCGAUAUAUUAUCUAGUUUGUUGGCAGCAAAUGACGAUGAAAAAUUGUCACAGGGCGAAGUAAAGCUAAGCGACAGCGAACUAAUCGGCAAUACUUUCAUACUUUUGCUCGCGGGUCACGAGACCACAGCACAUACAUUGGCUUUUGCGUUCGGACUGUUGGCUUUAUAUCCCGAAAAGCAAGAGGAAUUGUACCAGCACAUCAAACGAGUACUACCUGAUGGAAGACUUCCUUCAGGCUUACAAUGUUUUCGACAGACUUACGAUGAUAUGCCGUCACUGGCCUACUCGUCUGCCGUGUUUAACGAGACACUACGGAUAUUCCCCCCUGUCUCCACCGUGCCAAAGUCAAACGCGGAAGACACGACCUUCACCCUCACAGAUGCCCACGGGACGAAGAGAACGGUCGCUGUACCUCGAGGAUUUGCUCUUGCGCUGAACAUAUCUGGGCUUCAUUAUAACCCUAAGUACUGGGAAGAUCCAUACGCGUUUAAACCUGAGCGAUUUUUGGGUGACUGGAAUCGGGACGCAUUCCUCCCCUUCAGUAGUGGUUACAGAGCAUGUGUGGGACGAAAGUUCUCGGAAACGGAGGGAACGGCUGUUCUGACCGUUGUACUUUCGCGAUAUACCGUUUCAGUCAAGGAUGAGCCGCAGUUUGCUGGUGAAACAUUUGAGCAGCGUAAGACGAGAGUACUUGACGCGCGAAGUCGGCUCACUCUAGCACCAACCCGCCUUCCUCUGGUGUUCAGACGAAGAAUUUGA